AUGGCCGAGCGGCAAUUUAAGAUCAAAGUAGGCACUUUGCGUCGAGUCAAGAAGGAUCUCGAGUACUACGUGAAUGACCACGCGACCCAGCAGGCUAAGAUCGAAAAAAUGCGCGCAGAGGGCAAAGAUACACACGAUAUUCGCAAGCAAGAGGAAGUCCUAGUAGAAACGGAGACAAUGCUUCCAGAUUGUCAAAGUCGUUUGAAAGAAGCAAUUACUGACCUUUCCAACUUUAUUGAGGCUCAUCGUGACGAAGUGGAGCCGCUCGAGACGUUCCAGGAAGCUCAAGAGCUGCUCGCAACGAUCAAUACACCCCUUUAA